UUCGCGCGCGAAAUAUGGUGUCCCACGAGGUCGCACCCGUGGUCAGCGAGUGUGGAACUCGAUAUCGGCCCCUGGGAUCAGCUUUUCGCUCCGCCUUCUGAUCCGGAGUCAGCUUUGCCUGUUUCUACGAUUAUGAUGAGAACGGUAAUCCUAUUGUCGAUUGUUGCUUCCUGUACAGCAGCGAUCCCCGAAGGCAACGAGACCGGAAAGAAAGUAUUGGACGCAGCGAUCGAUCUCACCGCAUAUGCUUUACGAGUAGAUCGCGACACCAUGGCACAAGUCUUCGAGAUUCUCAGCCGAAAUGCCCCGGAUGAAUCCGUCAUGAGGAGUGCUAUGACAUCGAUAAUGAAGGAGCUCAAUGAGAAGUACAGCAAAGUACUGAAAGAUAUCGACGAAAGCAUCCCGAAGGAAGAAGUUGAUAAAAUGAAGGCGGCUCUGAGUAGAUAUGGCACCAAAUGUUGAAAACGAACCUCUGCCCCAAUAAAGUCAUUGUUC